GUUGACGUAGAUUGAGACACAUUCGGUAGGUAGGUAUCAAUGGACCGAUCCAGCUGCCUCAAUCAUGCCACGAUCAUGACGCAUCAAAGCCUCGCCACAUGGGAAAGUGAAAAAAUCGUCGCGUCUCGCAUGAAACAGGCUGACUCACAUGGCCAUGGCGUCCCUCACUUGUGCUCUCAUCAGCAGCCCCUCACCACCCACGUCUUCGAAACAAGCAGUGCAUGCGCCUGAGGGACACACACACACGCACGCACGCACGCACACAGAGAGAGAGAGAGGGAAGAGCGGAUGGAUGGCGCCUACAUGUGCUCGAAGAGCAAUAGGGUGAGGCUGAGCGCAAGAGAGAAACAAGGGGCGUGUGUCUUCCUUCUUGUCAAGCUUCUGCCGCACACGAAUGCUUACUGAUCCCAGGUCAGAUGACACCACGAGUCGUUGAAGCCUGGGGUUCAAGGACCAAAACACAAAUGACACACCAUUGCACCAUGUGUCAAAGGGCACCAUUGAGCCAGCUGAACAGACGCUGAAACAGACAUACAUACCCGAUCUCGAUUCGUCGUAUUCAAAGAUUCUUUGAAUACGAUCAUGCACAAAUUUUUACAUACCUCACACACUUGCGUGUCGACGUUCUGCAUGAUGUCUUUUAGCUCGUCUCGAUCAGGUCCGAACGUCUCCUGGCAUUUCUCUUGGCUGAACACAUGAGACACAGCACAGCGAGGCCUUGCCAUUCAGUUUCCUCACUGGUGGAGAGGUUGCUCACUGGUUGUACACGUGCAGCCGAUCCAGGCAGUACUUGAGGCCCGCCAGCACGUGGGUCAUCUCCGUCGCGUAAGCGGCCUUCACACACAGACAGCCACACAUAUACACGUCGGGCUGUUCGCUUUGCGUCUGUUAUGACCUCGGCUUGGUUCUUCGCGUACGCUGCCAUCAUACAGCCGUUGUCAUAGCAUACGCACUCCACCUCCGGAUGGCGCCGUUUUCUAAAGGACAGAAAGCUCAUAGACAGGAGAAUACGGUACCAAACUGAAGAUGUCGGCUUCAAUCCUGUACAUUUCCGCACACAGGAAGUGAGCUGAGCAAACACAAAAGACAGACACAUGUGUGGUCGAUGCAUCGUUGUCUCUCCGCGACCUUGCGUGAGUGAUUCGGAGGCAGCCAUCAUUGAGAAUCCCAGGACCUCGCCGCACGGGCGCAUGGCGACCAGGAUUCCCGCCGUUGCCUUGUUGGUGUCUGUGCUCUCCUUGUCCCUGACGCGUGCAUGGAGACAAGGAAACAUCGCGUGGCUUUCAAGUGACGCAAUUGACCUACGUCCUGCAGCCGGUGAGAUUUGUUGUCUUGUCGAUGCCGGCCAGCUCUGAUGACAAAGGGAGAUAGACACAUUGCAUCAGGCCAGGGUGGGCCGCUCUAUGCUUCUCACGAGAAGACAGGUGGACAAGCGAGUCAUCUGCCGAGCCGCGCCUUCCUGGGCUGCCAGCUGGAGAAACGGCGAAAAGAAAAAAAUCGACAUCUCAACAACAGCUCCACUGUGUCUUACUUCGUCGUCUUUUCGACGCAUCAGACUCCGAUCUCUUGCCUCUUUUCACGGACGAGACCUGCCAGCUCCUUGACGUGUGAGCUCUUGGCUUUGCCUUACUUGUUGUUGUUGAAGUACGGAACUCAUUCAACGCAUACCAGCCGCCUGACACACACAGUGCCAGAUGUGUGCGCGAACCAUCCGCUUGACAGACCUCUUACCGACGUAUUUUGAUCGGUCGAUCAAUUCCUCCAUGGACACGCCUUUGACUGUCGUUUGAUCCUUGAGAAUGACGUCAUAGAAAAGUUCCUGCGUAAUAGACAUCAUAUGUUUUGCCGGACGCAUGUCUCGACCAUGUCUCCGCGAAUGUCAUUGGCUUUUCCUGCCUGCCGACUCCCUCCCCUGUAUGUGCGCCCCACCUGUGUGCCGUCCUCGGCCACCCGGCACUGCUUGGAGGUGAGCCUCUCCACUCUUCGAGCCAUCCCAUCUUCGUCGACAUCAGCAUCAUUCAACUGAAGGCGCGACAUCUCGAUGGCCUACCGGCGAGAGACAGGCACUCAUGGCGGUUCAGGGACGCACAGAUAAAUUGAUCAGACUCACAAUGAGGCAAUCCUCGCAAAGCUUGGACCCACUGACUGGACGUCCCAGACAAGGAAGCAGCAUGGACCGCCCCUGAUAUCCGAGAUGAGGCAUCGCAGAAUAUCAUCGAAGCGGUCUGAGCUUACGAGCUCCUUGCUGUAGAGCUCUGAGAGGCCCUCAGUCGCACAACGGGGGAUGGUUAGCUUCCUGCCGCCAUCGAUAAUAACCACUGAGUGCACACCCCAUCAAAGGUACAUCGCUCGUCCUCUUUGAACCCAUCUAUUCCCUAACCCUUGCUGCAGUGCUCGUGACUGCACUGAUGCUCGGCAGUCAGCUCCUCAAAGUCCUGUACAGACAGACACACACGCAAUCGACAAAGCAGGGACACAACGGAUUUGGAGGGAUCAACUUUCUUGACUCUAGCCACCAGUAGUCGCUACCAGUGAGUACGCGUCGAGGAAGUCGCUGAUGUUGACUGCCAUGUCGAUGUUGACAAAGGAGUUUGGUGCUAUGAGCUUGACCAUCUCUGUGUUGGCGGAAUCGUGCUCACGACAUGCAUUGACUGUCGCCCGAUUCAACCGACGCUGAGACACCAAAAAUGUGGUUCGUGUCUGUGCAUAUCUUUUUGCUAGCCUGUUGACUGACCUCUGCGAAACGCGCCAGUCGAUACAAUGUGAACGCCCUCGUGAGCUGCAACAAUCCAUUUAGACGGAAAAGGUGCGUUACUCUGCCCGUCUUUGUGUGUCUCUGAGUGACUGACGUGCACUCGCAGUGCGCCCUUUGACAGCCCAGUGCGCCGCACUUGCCCAAACACAAACUCUUCCUCCAGGCAAUCCUGCGGAAUGAAAGCAGACACAAUGCUCUCGUCUCACUGUCUGGCCAGUGAGGGACAGUCCGGACCUGGAAGAGGUACGCAUUUGCAAAACCUGAAGGGAGGAAAAAGAAGCAUGUGAAGCCCCAUCCACGGCCUGGGAUAUCCUCACUGACCGUAGAAUGACACUUGACUGGAACAAACCAUUCAGUCAAGACAUGAAGACAGGGCCCUUUUGCUUCCGUUUUGCUUACCUCGUGUGCUGCAAGAGCAUGAGUUGGUCCAGCAUCGUUGUAUCAAAUGCCCUCUUGGUCGAGAUCAUGAAAUGCCUGUGGACAUUGUGGUUUAAGGGAAAGCUAUCUAUUCAUAGUAUGCGAUGAUUCACAGCCAUUGUGGAGACCUCAGCUCUAUUUGGUUGCCAUUCUGAUCUUUUCCGCCAGUAAAUCCCCCGAAAAUCGUCUGGAAGAAAGAAGAAACGGGCAAGCAGCAAAUAAGACGGUGCGAAAAAAUGCAUCUGAGCGCCACAAAGCUUCUGACCUGCAAAUCGUUUGGGAACAGGUGGAGGCGGCUGCACAGUAGAAAGGCUUUCCACAGUUAAGAAAGAAUGGGAGUGACUGAAGGAAGCCUCUUCUAACACCGACCGUUUCUGCUGCUGGUAAAACACCGAUGUGUCGAAGUCAUCCUCUUCACCGUUGGCAUCCUCCUUCUCGUCCGCUUCUUCAUCUUGGCCCCCCUCAUCUCUGCUCCUUGGGAUGGUGUGGAACUGAGUCCGUGACGACACACACAGAUGCAUUGAAGAGAAUAGAUGGCGCCCGACUGAAGUGCAAAAUCAGUUUGUUACAUUCUGAUAGUGUCUUGAGCGGCAGCCGUUUCGCGUACACACUUUAAGAACCGCUAGACCAUGCAGCUGCCCAACUGGCGUCUCGAUCAGGACGUCCAUGCACUUGCGAUACGACAGGUUACCGCUGCACUCGAGGCACACAUCGCCUGAAACAAAGACGUGCAGAUGUGCUGCUUCCUGUGUCUUUCUUGGUAUGUCACCUGGGUAGGAUAGAAUAGUGUAAGGAAGCGCUUUUGCUGUUUUCGCCUCCUCGUAGCGUUCUCUUCUGGAACUCGAGACCGCGGGGAAGAUAUUUCUGGGGACAACAAUGCGCUGGGAAAUACAGGUGCAUGUGCUCGGUGGGGUUGCUGUUCUCACUGGAUCAAGACGUUGAGAGACGGCUCACUCACACCUGAUCCAAUUUGUCGGAGCGAAGAGCCCGCAGCGACAUGAAAGGAGAAGAAUUAUCUAAUAAACGGUGGUCUCAAGCUGACCUAGCUUCUCCUGCAGAGGAAUGCAGGCCUGCUGGCUGCAAACACACACAAUCAACCAAGAAGCGUCAGAUCUGCCAUCCAAGUGCAAAUGCAAAUGCCCUCUCAAUUGGUCCCUUUCUGCACUGACACUGCUGCAAAUGGACACACAUCAGGCGCGGCAAUCCCAUGGCGUCAUCAGAAAGAUGCCCACGUACCUUCAAUGGGGGUGUGCGACGGCAAGCGCAGCAGACAUUCCACGAGUGGGCUGUACUGCGUGAGGAUGGCCGCAACGCCUUUGAUCUCGUCAAGGGAAAGUUGUUUUGGUUCCAUUCUUCGCUCAGCCUCUUGCAGCGUUGGUUACUGCAGCGGUCUUCCACGACUCAGGGAAGGACACACAAACACAUAGAUACACACACACGCACACCC